AUAUUAUUUUUGGUUGAUAUUCUCACACGAACACACCACCGUUCUUCGAGUGUGAGUGUGUGUGCGCGGUUUUCAGUCAACAAAAACCAAAACGACGGUUCAGUUGUUGGUGGCAAUCUGUUUUUAAAAUAUUGAUAAAACUUGUGAAUCACAAAAAUAAAUACCAAAAAAUAAAUAUAAAUAAAAAUGCAGCAAACCAGAUUAGAAUUUCCUUGUCUAAACUGGAUUUGAUAAUAAUAAAAACAAAGCAUCAACAUUCAGUUCAAGAAAGGAAAGUAAUAAGUCUCAAUUGACUAGACUUAGUGCGUCAAUCACCAGUCUGUCAUUUAUAAGUGGAAAUUAAACGCAAUAAAACUACGAAAUUACUAUUUCGUGUACUUGGUGAAAAAAAAUUUCUUCAGUGAGAAAAAUGUGUAUAUUGUUCUUUAUUUUGAAUGAAAACGCCAGAGAUGACGAAUACAAGUUAAUUUUGGCGUCAAAUCGAGAUGAGUUUUAUGCUCGACCGGCAAAAGUCGCCGGCCCUUGGAAGGAAAACGAAUUUGUUAUUGGUGGACGUGACAUGGAACCAGGUAGAGAGGGUGGCACUUGGUUGGCAAUUAGUACAAAAGAUCAUACAUUCAAAUUUGGUGCCUUAUUAAAUAUAACGGGUGAGAAAAAAGGUCCCGAUGCACUGCCAAGAGGCAACAUCGUCGUUGACUACGUACAAAAACCAAUAACAAAUGCUCAAUACUGCCAAGAUCUCAUCGACACGGACAAAGAGUAUAAUGCAUUCAAUUUAAUUACCAUUGAAAUCCGUGAACGAAUCAAAACGAUAUAUUAUUGUAAUGUAAACAAUGAAGCGCAUCAAUCGCUGCAGAAUGAGGUGUUGGGCUUUGGGAAUAGUUUAACACAUCAACCGCUGCAGAAAGUGAUAGGAGGUCGGGAGAAAUUCCGUGCAAUUGUAAAAAGGCAGAAUCAGUCAAAGGAAGAGCUGGUUAAAAGCCUCAACGAAUUGUUAUCGGAUCGAGAAAAACACUGGCCGGAUGAUGAAUUGCACCGUAGAGCACCAAAUUGGUCCGAACAUUUGUGUUCGAUAUGCGCCAGAGUGCCCGCUGCUGAAUAUGGAAGCAGAACGCGAACAAUCAUUUUAGUCGAUGGCAAUAAUAAAGUGGACUUUUAUGAAGAGACAAUGGCAACAACUGACCCAGACGGCGAAUGGAUACGCACUCACAUUCAAACUGAAUUUUAAACCAUCCAAGGGAUUCAAACCAACUGUAGUUAAUAUCAAGUUUAAAUUACUCGUGUUUGUGCCCAAAAUCGUAUUGUAUUGUAUAAGUAUUAGCACUGAGUUUAUCUUGACUAAACAGCAACAAUGCAUUUAAAUAAAUAUUUUUACUACACCGAUGCAA